AUUACAUAAUUAGAAGGCAUUUGUUAUGCUUGCGUUUCAAAUCAGUGAUUAGCAUGUGACAGUCCCGUCCUGGGAAACAUCAAGCCACCAUUGCUCUCCUCUCUCUCUGCUUUCUUGCACAGUGCUAAUUCCCAACUCUAGCAACCGCCAGUGCUGAAGGAUCUUCAACUAGCCUGGGGGUUCAGACCAGCUGACCCAUCGCAGGGCUCACAUGUGGGCAGCUCAAAGCCAUGGGAUGUUCCCAGUGACCAGCCAGAACCCUCCAGAGUGAGGACAGGAGUCCCUGCGAGGACACACAUCCUAUAGCAGCCAUGGACUCAAACAAACAAGAAGGAGAGACUGAAAGUGUGCCUGUGAGUACCCCUGCAACACAGAUUUCCCAGUUGCAGGCAUUAGCCUCUGAGUUGAAGGCGGGUUUCACAGAAGCGAUGCAGGAGCUGUCGCGAAUCCAGCAUGGCGAGUAUGCGCUGGAGGAGAAGGUCAAGAGCUGCCGCUGUGCCAUGGAAGAGAAAGUGGCUGAGAUGAAGAAUUCCCUCAACACAUUCAAGGAGGAGCUCAGCGAUGCAAAGUCAAUGAUUGAAGAAAUCAGUGCCAAGCAGGAGGAAAUGCAACAGAAAAUUGAACAGCUGCAGCAAGAGAAGAGGCGGGAAUCACGGAAAGUGAAAGCUAAAAGAGCACAGAAGGAUGAUCAUGGGUCACAGACAGUGCCUACACCUCUUCAGGGCAGCCCAUUUCGAUCCAUUAACCUCCCAGAACCUGUGCUCAUCAAUGAAGAUUUUACAAGUCUCUUACACAACGUGACUUAUGAAAAAGUGUCUGACACCAGGAUCAUGCCAAUGGGAGAAGGAAGCGUGAAAGUUGUAGCAGGUCCAGGAGCAACCAUAGAGACAGAUGACAGCCUCAAGCCUUCCUUGACAACAGAGGGGCAGUCGAAAGUACAUCUGCCAUCAACAGUGUGGAAGCAGCCCAAGGAUACCAAGGACUGGGGAGAUGAAUACAUUUCCAAAGAGCAACCGGAGCGAGGGAAAGACAUGGGCCAAAGCAGAUACAGCUCAGCAGACAACAUUAUAUGUGAACCCUCCUUGGCUGCCAAAAGGCAGAACAUCGCUUUGGAACUGCUGGAGUCAGAAAGGAAAUAUGUCAUCAACCUUUCCCUAAUCCUGAAGAUCAAGGCCACGUUGCAAGGGCCAGAUGUGAAAAGGAGCACCAAAGAGAGAAGUUUCUUCCCCAACUCUUUGCGGUACCUGGUCCAGCAGCAUGUCGAUUUACUUCACGCUCUACAGGAGCGAGUCCUGAGCUGGCCACGACAAGGGAUCCUAGGAGACAUCUUCCUGAAGUUAACAAAUGAUGAGAAUAAUUUUCUGGACUACUAUGUUGCGUACCUGAGGGACCUGCCAGAAUGCAUAUCUCUGAUCCACGUGGUGAUCCUGAAGGAGGUAGAAGAAGAAAUCAAGUCUGAUCUCUACAUUCUGUUCUUCCAUAUAGUCCAGCGAAUCCCUGAAUACCUUAUUCAUCUACAGAAUGUCCUGAAGUUCACGGAGCAAGAGCAUCCUGACUAUUACCUGCUGCUGGUGUGUGUGCAGCGCCUCCGGGUUUUCAUCUCACACUAUAGCCUCCUCUUCCAAUGCAAUGAAGACCUGCUUAUACAGAAGAGGAAAAAGCUGAAGAACACGACGAUGGAUUUCUCCUCCCUCAGGUCAUCCCUGGUGAAGCUGUACAAAGGUCUCACCUCCCAGUGUACGAGCCAAGAGGUUUCUCCAACACCCAGUGCGACAUCUAUCCGGGACAGUGGGAUCCACUCUGAAGAGACAAUACAGUCGUUCCCACCAGCACCUUCCUCUGGCACGACAACCCCGCAUUUGAUGCCCCAGAUGAAGAAACCCCAGCCAACCGUGAUGGAGAACAUUCAGGCUGUAAAGCCCCCUGACUGGGAAAUGGAAAGUAGAAAACAUGAGAGGCCAGAGAACAUCCUUGCAUCCUCUCAGCUCACAGAGCAGGAACUCAAGGCUCUGACAGCCCCCUUACAAUCCAUCCCUGAAAUGGAGUAUGAAGCACCACCAGCUGAUGCGGUGGGAAACACUGAGAGAGCCAUCAGGACCUCUGUGGAGCUGCUGCAGGAUGCGAGGAACUUUGCGCCAAGCUAUGAAGAGUUUGACUACCCCGGGGAAGUUUUCACCCUGCCAGGCCCUUAUGAAGAUGACGCCUUCCAAAACCUUGCUCUCUUUGAGAAUUGCUCCCCGGCGUCUUCCGAGUCCAGCUUAGACAUUUGCUUCCUUAGGCCUGUUAACUUCACAUCAGAACCAGAGAGGACAGAUCAUGCCUUACAGCCAUUACCCAAGAGCUGCACUCCCGUAAGCAGCAGUACUUACAAGCGUGAGAUGUUCCACAGCAAAGGCAAGCAGCUGAGCAGGUCUCUGAAGGAGCUGCCAAGGAGCGCUGAGGGCGUGAGCACCAGACUCUACAGCACACGGAGCAGCAGUGGGAGCCGGCUGCAGCAGAAGCAGGAGAGGAAUGUCCAGCCUCACAUGAUCUCAGCCUCAUCUCGAAGCUCCCAAAGGAGCUACUUCCCCCCACAGAGAGGAGCGGGUGAAAAACAGAGCUUUUUGGAAGAGCUCCAUGCAGAAGACAACACCAGGUUCUGCCAGAAGGAUGACAAUGAGCAAACAUCCUUCAGCGACCACAACCCACGGCACGAGCCCAAGGGGGGUUUCCGGAGCUCCUUCCGCAAGCUCUUCAAAAAGAAAUAAGCAGCCCCAAGAAAGGCAGGCCACAGCCUAAGUGCGACAGUGUUUCCCCAGGUCCCUGAGGGUGGAGACAGACAGCAAGGUCCCAAGAUCGCCCCUGACUAAGACAGUAGGUGGAGGGGUGGGGGAGAGGAGACUGUCACAACUGCCUUACAAACACAUCCUGCUCUUCCUAGCACAGGGCAGGGCCAGGCUAUGGGUUCAAGUGGAGCUCAGCCAGCAGGUCCAAUAAGCACAGGAACUUGCUAGCUUUCACCUCUGCCUGACUUAACUUUCCUUGGAGUUUUGGAAAGCUUUGGCUGAAUCCCACUAUCUUCUCCUCCCCCUCCUCCCCCAAUGCUGCUUGAUUUGCCAUACAUCUUUGCUCUUCCAAAUUCAAGUCAGGUCUAAUUUGAGCUCACCCACAACACAGGGGUUACCUCUGCAGCCUUGGCAUCCUGGCCAGAAGUCUGAAAUUCCCCUCUUUCCUCCACUUUCCAACCCCCCCCCCCCCCCGCCAAAACCUC